AUGGCAUCCUCGCAAUCGCGAGCUACCCAGCCCCUGAUUCUUGUUCGUUCCAGCGUAAACAUAGAUGAGACGUAUCGGGUACCGCACAUUGUUCGUCCAGGAGAGACGCUCUCCUCCACUAGCCUGGUCAGUCGAUCAGGUGGUAAAGGUGCCAACGUCAGCGCAGCUCUGGGAUUGCAGGGGGCCCAGGUGUACUUGUGUGGUGCUGUUGGCAAGGAUGCGGAUUGGCCUGUGGAGGAGCUGGAAAAGAGGGGUGUCAAGAGCGAUGCGGUCUUGAGGUUGGACAGGGUGCCAACUGGCAGGGCGAUCAUCCAGAUCGCGGAUGAUGGUGAGAAUAGCAUGUGAGUAGCGAGGAGACACGAAAAGCAAGCUGCAUGUACUGUAGGCUCAUGUCGCCAUCGCUUUGCCGAGUGCUUCAGCGUGCUACUCCCCGGAGCCAACUUUCACAGAGAAGCGGCUUCUACCUCCGACCCCGCGACAGCAUUUAAAGCUUUGCCUCGUCCACCCACGCAUCUGGUGCUGCAGAAUGAGAUUCCUCUGGAGCACACCAAAGCGUUCUUGUCAUACGCUCAUGCGAAAGGUGUCACGACGAUCUUCAAUCCUUCGCCAAUGCUCAUUCAGGACAAGGUGCGAGACUUUGCUUGGGAUGAAUUGAACGUGCUGAUCGUCAACGAAGGAGAAGGUGCAGAUCUGCUCGAAGCUUUCGGCGUCAGGGCUCCCGAAGGACCGCAGUCGGUGCUCGAUGCUCUCAACGAUCUGAAGCAGCUAGCAAAGCUAGACUGGAUCGUGCUGACAAGAGGUUCAAAGGGCGUCAUUGCGAGGGUCAGGCUGUCGGAUUGUAGCGAGGAAGAACGUGCAGAGCUGGACAAGCCGUCGGUCAAGCCAAAGGAAGUCAAGGACACCACUGGAGCUGGGGACACGUUUGCUGGGAACCUCAUUCAUACUCUUGCUCAACAUCAAGCCAGCGAACAGACGACGAAAUUGCUCAAGCGUAAAGAUGCGGAACACGUGCUGGAGUGGGCUGUUACAGCUGCCUCGAUGGCUGUAGAAGUAGAGGGCGCACUGGAAAGCAUACCCAAAAGGCAAGAGGUGCAACAUAGAUGGGAGCAAGCAUGGUCUCAAAAGUGA